AUGCAAACGAAGGGCAUGAAGAUGCGCAUGAAGUACGGGAAGCUGUUCAUAUUCUUCAUGAUCUGCUUCAACCUGAUCGUGUUCUACUACUCGUGGAAGUACUUCCUUACCAGUGGCCACUACCUGGCGGAGUCGCUUACCGGUGGGGACGGUUUCCGCGGACCGGGAGCACUUCCGAGACGGCUUGGCGCGGCCCCCGAUUCGAUCCCGCUCGUUAGCUACGAAAGCUCGUACCGGGUUGGUGAUCCGGGCGGUGCCACGCUGAACCGGAUGCGGCUCAAACCCACCCUCACGGAGGACGCCGAUGGACGCCCGAACGCCAAGGAACGUGUGCAGCAUACGAACGGAUUCCUGCGCAAAAGUAUCACGUUCGUGUUUCGUGACUUUUACGACUUCGAUAACGAUCUGCUGCAGUCGAUCGGUAGUGUGACGGCACUCAUACCCGGUGUGAGUGUGUUCGUGAUCGCACCGGAGCUACCCUACCCACCGCUCGACAUCUUCAACCCACCCGCGUCGGUUGGGACGGGGGGGAAUCAUAGCUCGGGGUCCCGUUCCACCGUACCGGCCUGGUUCACCGAGGGCAGUAACGUGCGCUUCUUUCACCUGGCGUACGAUGUCACCAAAACGCUCAAGGAUACGUUCCCGGUGCUGCAUGUGACCACGCGCUACGUACUGUUUAUGCCGGACAGUGUGCGUCUAACGGGGCGCGGUUUGCUGUCCCGGAUGUUGCGCGAAAUCGACACACCGUCCGGCAGUGAGCUGUUGCUGCAGCAGCAUCAGCACUUGCUGCUGAAGCAGAACGGGCACGGUGGUGGAUCGUUCGAUCCGAACCGUAAACCGGAAAGGCGCAUCGUUGCGGUACCGUUUGGCUCCAAUGCGAAGGGUGCUGCCAACUGUGUACAGAUGCAGCUGGAUCUGCCCAACUGGACGCUGGAGUACGUGACCGGGAAUGAGACGGACCGAUGCGAUAUGUUCAAACAGAAGCACGCCCUCCUGGUCGAGACGGAGCUGCUAAAGGAGAUGCCCGACGCACUGGCGUCCCCCUUCCCGGAUGUGUUCUACAUUCAGGCAAAGCUUGCCGGCGUCAAGAAAGUACUGCUGAAUGGAGCAUUCCAGGAUGGCCGCAAGCUGUUCACUUCUUAUCACACGAAGACGAAACGACGCAACCAGCGCAAGGAACAGUUUAAGGCACUGUACCGCCGGCUGCAGGUGAAGAAAGUGAUCCGCAAAAACUAUCUGUACGAUAAGAGUCUGGGUCGGGGCGGUGGACCGGCACCGUACGGUUCGUCGGCCGCUGCCGCCAGCGCCCGGCGCAAGUACGUCAAAAGCUACGAACACAACAAUCAAACCAUCUCCCUGCUAACGGAGAUCACGUUCUACGGGUGCGAGAAGCAAACGCGUAGCUGCAUCGGACAGGUGCACAAUGGACGACCGUUCUAUCGGUACCUUGGCCGGAACACGCCACCCUGCUGCAUGGAGAAGCUGAAAGCCGUCUUUCGCCACGUGGUGGAUGAGUUUGAAAACGUCGGCAUUCGCUACUGGCUCGACAAUCGGGCGCUUCGUGAUGCGAUCGAGCUGAAAGGGCUAUCGCCCGAUGCGUACGAAAUCGAUCUCAGCUUCAAUGGGGACGAUGUGCAGCGUUCGGUGGCGUUACGCAAAGCCCAGGCCCGCCCGUACACCGACGAAGCUGGUUUCCAUUGGCUGAAAGCAACCGACGGACACUAUUUCCGGGUGCAGUUCUCCAAGGUGAACACGAUCGCCGUCAAUCUGCUGCCGUUCGAUCUGUCCAGUGGAGAGUUGGUGCGACCGAGCGGAUUUUACGGUUGGAAGGCACGAAAAUUUUCCGUGGAAUUCCUACACCCAAUGUCCACGGUGCUGUUCCUCGGCAAACCCAUCAUGUGUCCGAACAAUGUGAUAGAGUAUCUUGAGGUGAAAAAGGUAAAAUAG